AUGCUCACAUAUACUUUAUUCACGAUCUUGAUCGCCCUGCCAGUGGUCCAUGCAGGUGGCUGGGAUGACUUUUCGAACAAUCUCGCGACCGACCUCGCGCCAUUUCUAUCCCUCUUUGGUGAACAGAUCACGAAGCAGUACCUAAGUGAGAGCGUCAAUGCAAUCGAUUACUUCAUUUUUGCCAUGGCCCCGAUAGGCAUCUUGACAGGGGUCGUCUCUGCAAUUCGAGUGUGCGGAACCCCGUCACUACGCGCCUUCAUCGGCAGAGCUCAAGAAGGAGCGGGCAACGCGGAGGCGGAGCUAUGCACCUCGACAAGCCGGGAUGUAUGUGAGCUCUAUAACAGUGGUGGCAUCGCGCGCGUCUUUGGUCGUCCAAAAAUUCUCGAGAUUGUCCACGACCCGGAUCAUGAUUUUAGCGAUCCGAAAGACGACACAGCCGGUAUAUACACAUUUCAGCAAUACCUUGAACGAGAUAAAGGCCAGGCCCUAUGGCGAAAAGAAACACCUAAGAACCGCGUCACACUAUGGAAAAGUAAAGUCACGUCGCUAUGGAGAACGAAAACAGCAGUGGAGAAGAAGUCUGACACUGAGUCAGCCCCUAAAUCGCCCGAUGUAUCGCAUGCACCCUUUACGACAUUUGCUCCGAAUCUCUCCCUCAAUAUUGGAAUCAAAGAAAAAUCGAAGCAUGUCUUCUACGUAAUCGCUCUUCUUGGCCUGGUUCUGCAAGUUGGCGUUUUGGUUUUUGCCGGCUUUACGACGUAUUACCUGAAAUGGGGCAACAAUAACAAGCCCCCAGAGUCUUAUGCAUGCCCACUUGUUAUCAUCGGGACUGUCCUAGUCUGUGGCGGAAUGUUUCAUUGCGCAUUUCUAAUUGGCCAGAGCACUGAGGAGGAUGUCUGGCGCCGGCGAGAAAAUGUCACCGAUAAAUCAUCUAUGUAUUGGAUACAGCCCGGUGGUCAAAUCAUCGGCGAUCAAACCUUUGAUGCCUUCUCACACACGGACUAUGACAAGAAGCUUAAGAAAUACAUAACUUCUAAGAGAAAGAACGUGUCACAGGAAUCGAAGCUUGGAGUUUGGGCAGCUAUUGGGACCACGAUCUCUGGCUUUGUCUUACAAUUUACUGGCCUUAGAGGUAUAUAUUCAGCGGUCUCCGUCGCUCAGUUAGGAGUUACUAUGGUUAUGAGUAUAGCUCGAGCUAUGCUCCGUAUGCAGCGACUGAGGCCUAAGGAUAAUUGCUUCGCCACAUUUCCGGACGAGGUCGUUGGCCACGAACUCGACUGGCUCGCCUUACGCAUUGGCCGUGAUAUUUUUGGAAAAGACAUCAAAAACCCAUCAUCAACUCUAGUAAGCCCCGGUGAUCAAGAUCGGCGCUUCUGGAGACUCUGUGGUGCAUCUGGGACGAACAAAAUGAGUAUCGAGCACCCGUCUCCUGAUUAUUGGAAUGCUGCUGCUAUAUUGUUGGCAUAUCGAACCCGACUUGCGUCGCUCACGGAUUUAUCUACGUCGUCUGCCGCCCCCGCUAGGGAAUUCAGGAGUGAAAUGGUGGAGGUCCGAAGCGAGAGUCGACAGAUAGCUGCGCUGAUUGAGGCUACUAUUAAAACAAUUCUUUCGAAGGCCAAGAUUAAGAAAAAGUGGGAGACAGCCUCAUCUAUGUUCUGGGGCAUCGAUUGCGCUCUUGGCAAACAAGCCAACCAACCCUCGAUACCCCAGGAGCACACAAUUUACCUGGAAUUCACCCAAGAUUCCGCAGCUCUAGGAAGCCCCUGGGUACUUAAAAAUAAACGAGAGCUAGAAGGCAUCCUCGGUCUAUGGGUCUGGUCGUUGAAGUCUGAUCCGAGGAUAGAGACUAAGGACCAAUGGACUGGUUUCAUAAGGUCCACGGCGAGUGAUAUUGGGGCACGACGCAUCAUUCCAACCGACCAGGUCAUGAAACCGGACUUAGAGAUAUGGCUUGGCGACGAUAUGAAAACCAUCACGAAAUCCGCUCUACACUCUGCGUCCACUGAACUACGCGACGCGAGUGCGGUAUGGACAAUGUCGACAAAUCCGGAGGUAACGGAUGUGUAUCCUAUCGGCGAGCUUGCACCAGAUGUACAGCUUACUCAACCACCUCCUCUUCGUUUCUUUGGUUGGAAAACUGCAAAUCUGUCGCAGAGCCAAGACUUCGACCUUUGGUCCGCCCCGAUGAUAGGUUCGCUUGUGAUAUCCUGUGCCCAGGAGAUUUUUGCAUCAUUUCUCACAAGCAUUCUUGACAUUGUGGACAAUUUUGGAGAUAUUCAUAUUAAGGAUGCUGAAUCGAUUAGACUUGAGAACGGCCUAGUGUCUGAGAUUGUUACACUUUUUACGGAGAUGCGAUUGGGCUCAAAACUGGAAGCUCUACUUUGUGUGAUGCCAUUAGUGUUGCCUCAACUCGAGAUGCCCUCUGCAGCGAGUGCCUUAGCAGCAGCAAGGAAAAACGCAAAUCAGCACCGAGAACGUAAGGAUUGGAAGAAGGCAGAAAGGGUGCUACAAUGGGCAUGGAAUAUCUGCAGGCAACCCCAGCAUUCUUAUACACACGUGAUUGAUAAAGACGAAGAUCACGGACCGGGAUCGGAAGGGACACUCGCCAAGCAAGCGACAAUUGCUCUAUGCGAGCUAUACCGGUGGGCCUUAAUAGAAGAGUCCUCGAGGGCAUUUGGCAAGGACGGAAUCUCUAGGCUCGAUAAGCAGAAGUGUGACCAAUCGGUGUCCGCGCGCGAAGUUAUUAAUCGCUACUUCAAUAUUGCGAAUACGAUAGCACAACAUCAGGCCAGCGACGCCGACCUCGCUAAUAUAGAAACGGACUGUUUGGAAACUGCACUACUGUUUGUCACCCAUCCAGCAUUCGAGACAGAAAGAGAACAAAAAGGAAAAGCCCUUUGUUUAGCGGCGAAACAUGGAUGGGUGGAGGUGGCACUUGCGUUGCUUGAAUUAGGUCGCGAACCGGAUUUUCGAGACACAAAUGGCAGAACACCCCUGUCACACGCGGCAGAAAGUGGAAGUAUCACCAUUGUGGAAGACUUGAUGAAAUGUGGAAGUUUCCCAAACUCGGAGGAUCAUCAUCAAAGGACACCAUUGUCAUACGCCUCAGGAGCAGGUUGUCAUGAAGUAGUUGAGCUGUUGCUAAGAGAUGUUCGUGUCCCUCCAGACCAAAGAGAUGCUCAGCAACGAACGCCGUUAUCAUGGGCGGCAGAGAACGGUUACGAUACCGUUGUUAAACGACUUCUCGAGACCGGUAAAGUCGAGCCAGAUAUGACGAAAGGGAAAGGUGACCGGACAGCGCUAUCAUAUGCGGCAGAGAACGGCCAUGACACCGUUGUCAAAUGGCUUCUCGAGAAUGGCAAAGUCGAGCCAGAUAUGAAGAGCGGGUAUGGACGGACAGCGCUAUCAUAUGCGGCACAGAACGGCCAUGACACCGUUAUCAAACGGCUUCUCGAGAAUGGCAAAGUCAAGCCAGAUAUGAAGAACGAGCUUGGACGGACAGCGCUAUCAUAUGCGGUAGAGAACGGCCAUGACACCGUUGCCAAACGGCUUCUCGAGACCGGUAAAGUCGAGCCAGACAUGAAAGGGAAAGGUGUCCGGACAGCGCUAUCAUAUGCGGCAGAGAACGGCCAUGACACCGUUGUCAAAUGGCUUCUCGAGACCGGCAAAGUCGAGCCAGAUAUGAAGAGCGGGUAUGGACGGACAGCGCUAUCAUAUGCGGCAGAGAACGGGCAUGACACCGUUGUUAAAUGGCUUCUCGAGAUCGGCAAAGUCGAGCCGGACAUAAAGAGCAGGUAUGGAGGGACAGCGCUAUCAUAUGCGGCAGAGAACGGUCAUGACACCGUUGUCAAACGGCUUCUCGAGACUGGCAAAGUCGAGCCAGAUAUGAAGAACGAGCUUGGACGGACAGCGCUAUCAUAUGCGGCAGAGAACGGCCAUGACACCGUUGUCAAACGGCUUAUCGAGACUGGCAAAGUCGAGCCAGAUAUGAAGAACGAGCUUGGACGGACAGCGCUAUCAUAUGCGGCACAGAACGGCCAUGACACCGUUGUCAAACGACUUCUCAAGACUGGUCAGGUCAACAUAGACGUGAUGGAUUCUAAUGGAAAGACGGCGCUGUGGUACGCAAUGGCUUAUCGCAACACCAGCAUCGUCGAGCUGAUCAAGGAGUCAAAGAAGAAGAAAGGUUUGGAUUGCUAG